AUGGCGAGCAAUGCGCUAGACCCACUGCAAACACUUCAGGCCGCCCUUGCAGCACCACCGAACUCUCAGGAGCAGGCAGAUGUCCUCGCGACUUUACGCGAAUCUCUAGAAAAAUAUCCAGCACCAAUAGUCGUCCUUGCACCAUCACUAAUUACCACCGUUGCAAAUGCUGGAGAUUCUCUACUCAAGAGAUGGGUCCUGGACCUUUUUCAUUUUGCGAUAUCUCGCUCGUCUCUCUCCUUGGAUCAGCGAACACAGAUGUCACUGAAAGCGCUCGACACCCUUGCCCAGCUCAUCGAUGAUCCCCAACCCGCAAUUGUGAAAGUCGUCAUACAAUGCUUCGCCACCGUAUAUCCGUUGGUUUUCCGACAUUUGUGCACCAACCGGAGCAACCCUGCGGCAUGGAACACGAUAUCAAGCUCCAAAACGCGCCUCCUUGAACUUGUGUGGGCUCCAAACGUCAAUGCCGGUGUGCGGAUUUCUGCCCUGAAGUUUGCUCAGCGUGUCAUUCUCGUCCAAAUGCGAGGUUUGUCGGACCCGAGGCUUCAAAACCAGAGCGAUCCAAGUAUACCCGCUUGCCCGGUGGAUCACCCAUUUAUUUCUGUGUCAAAGCUAGAGACUGAGGGUCAGAAGCUCUUGGAAGGAUUGGCUGCCUUAUUAUACAACAGCAAUGAUGUGGACCUCCUUUCUGCGCUGUUGAACUCAUGGGCGAACUUGGUCAAACAACGGCCUAUAGCACUUCCGUUUGUCAUAAAUGCACUACGAUCGUGGACGCCUGCUGCACUUGUUGGGAAAUCGGCCUCAAAUGUUAAGAGUGUUGAGAAGGCAAUGCGGAUUCUGCUGAUUCACAUCUCUCGGCUUCCAAGUUCGAGUCAACAUGCGGCACAUAUAACUGAAACUCUAAAUCAGCAAGGCAUGCGUAUGGACAAGGCGGCCGCUGAAGAAAAGAGGCGCAAAGCUGCCCUGGCAGAAGGUCGAAAACGUCCAUCUUCAAAUUCCAAUGAGCCCGAAGACAACAAACGUAUCAAGCUGGACAAUGAAGUUACUCAGCCCCAGUCCAGUAAUUCGGCUGCUCUUCUCUCUGCAUUCGAUUUCACAUCACUUCCUGCGCCACUCAUCACCAACCUCAUCGUUGCGAAUAUUCAGGCUUUCACUGAAGAGCAGCUUAUAUCUUUCGUGAACGCAUACCGCGAAAGUUGUGGAUUGUCUAUACCAACAUCCCAGUCACAAGUCAAGCAAGACAGUACAGUCACAGUCACUGCAUCAGGUGCGACCACCCAGGUUCUCCCUCCUAUACCCACAGGACCCCGGGCACAUUUCCGGGCGGAUAAGAGCUCGACACCACAACCUCAAGAAUCUGCCACCGUAGCAAUCAAGGAUGAGCCGGUUGAUCCUCUUCAAAUGGAUAUUGAUGAAGACGAGUUAGAGUACGAACCUGAGAGGUUGAAUGAAAAGCUUUCUGGGGCUCCUGAGCCUGAAGACGAAGCCAUGGUAGAUGGGGCUAGUCAUGAGGACAACCUUGAACUUGUCGACUUCCGGCUUCCGCCACCGAAAGAACUAGUAGGCGAGGAGGAGCGGCGCAUUGUCAUCCACGAUUCCCUGAAGCGGGUAUGGGACGGAGCAGAAGAUCUGAAAUCGCUUGGGGAAGGGUUCUCCUCUGACUCAGUGCAAGCUGGUGGAAAUUCUGCUUCAGAGAUGUGGAUGCUUUUAAUCGUGCGGAUGCUGACGAGGGUUGCUGAGCCUCCUUCCGAUCUAAACAACAAUGAGCCAGAAGGGGAGAAGAAGAACCUUGUUGAAUACGAUUUUUAUGCUCGGCACGACCGACUUCGACAGACUCUGUGUGAAUAUAUCAUGGCUGAUUUUCCUGCUCGCGUACGCCUUGCCACUACGUGGAUGAAUGAGGAGUGGUAUAAUGAUCAAAUACGUCAGACUCAAGAUCGGAAUUGGCGACCUAACUAUGAGACAUGGUUAAACCAAAUCGUGGCGUCCUAUCAGACCAUUUUGGAUGGGAAAGACAAGACUUUUGCCCGUUUUCUUCUCGACUUACCUUCGAUACCGACGGAUGUGUUGGACCUGUUAAGAGAUCUGUGUACUGAUAACUCCAGCUCGGACCGUAUGCAAGUCGGCUUCACAACACUUCGUGGAAUCGUGAUCCAAAGGCCGUCCUUGAGGAUGGAAGCUAUUAGUGUACUGCUGGAACUGACGACACAUUCAGAAAAACGCAUACGAGGAGCUGCCAUCAACACUGUCAGACAUUGGGUGCCACAUACACCUCCUAUGGAUGGCAUGGUUCGAGACUUUGCGCUGCAGAUGCUACGUAAACUCCAACUGCGUUCUUCCGAACAUCGUCCUCAUCCAGAUGGUGACGUCAAGAUGAAUGGAGAUACAGAGGAUGAGCAACAAAAUGGAGUUGAGGAGGACGGAGCAAAACCGCCUCACCAUGACCGAGAGGGUCAAGACAUGGAAGAUGGUCAACUACCAGCUGAAGACUUGGUACAUACGCCAUAUCUGCCAGAACGUAUUGAGCUACCUGCAGAGGAGGAACAGGUACUACAACAUGUUGAAUUGCUUUUCGCCCUUUCCGUGAAGGUUCCAGAAUUUUUGGAUGAGAUCUUCUCCGCCUAUGGACGCAUGGAUCAGACUGUUCAAGAAGCCGUCCAAACUCUAAUAACGCCCUUGAUCCGUUCAUUGGGCUCCAGUCACGGAAAACUGUUGACUUUGAUGCGCCAGUGCCCGCCAGGUGCAGAAUCUCUGGCUCUACGUGUCUUGACCAUUUUUACGGAAAAGGGCCGACCAAGUGCCCAACUGGUUGCACUUGUCAAAGCUCUUAUCAAUGAGCGAGACCUUGAUGCAAGGUUCCUUAUACCUAUCAUCGCUGAGAUGGACAAGGCGGAUAUCACGCGAUACCUUCCACGCAUCGUGUCAAGCCUCAAUGGUCAACCCGAGCCCAAGAAUCUAGUUCGAUCCGUGUUCAGCUCAAUUGUGACUACGCCACCCCAGACAUUUGGGUCUGUUUCGUCGAAUCUUCCACGAGUCAGACAAAGCGAAUUACUUUCUCCGGCUGAACUUAUGGUUCUAUUGCACGACUCAGAGAAGCAAAUUGGGCUGAAAAGUGCAAUUGAAGCGAUUGGGAUUUGCUUCUCGAUGACAGACGUCUUCCGCUCUGAAAUUCUCGCUGUUGUCAUGCAACAGAUCAUGGAUGAACCUGUGCUUCCUGUUCUUUUCCUGCGAACGGUGAUCCAAGCAGUCACGACCUACAAAUCACUUGUGGCUUUCGUCUCUACAACGCUUCUUUCUCGCUUGAUUACAAAAAAGAUAUGGACAAACCCUCCACUCUGGGAAGGGUUUAUCCGUUUAGCAAAAGUCAUCGCACCUGCUAGCUUUGGGGCACUGCUGCAGCUUCCCCGAGACCAACUCCGGGAGUUGGUGAACAAACAACCAAGUCUCAAGUCCGGCCUGCGGGACCACGUAACGAAAAAGGCUCCAAACAAGGCGCGAGGAGCAGGGUUUUUGGAUAUUUUCGGGGAACCUGAGGAUGAGGCCGCCGCCGCAAGCAUUGCACCUCCACCUGCAGAAAUUGCGGCAACCUCUGCCUCAUGA